UUUUUUACAAGAAAGUUAUCAAUAAAUGUCGGAUUAGAUUUAUAGAAGAUCUUGACCCGAUUGCACUGUUGGAUGUCUUUCUUGCAGAAGAAUAUUUUACAGUCACACAGGAAAGGGAUGUACGAGAGUUAACAAACACCUCAGAGAAGAAUAGAGAAAUUCUAACAAAAGUCAGCACGAAAGGUGUCAAGGGGUACAUCGAUUUCAAAAAGUGUUUGGAAAAGUCCCGUCAAGAACACUUGGCAGAAUAUCUAGAUACAACUGCAGCCAAACUAGAAGAAGAAAUGUUAGCUGCUGAAGAAACUUUACCAACCGUUAAUAAUCGUACAGGAUUUAAAUGUUCAGUUUGUGACCUUUCAUUUGACACCGUGCAUCAUUUGGUACAACAUACACAGACGCCUGCACACAUGGAUAUGAUAAAAGAACAGCAAGAGUUUGCAAAAGAAAACCAAGAGGAAAAUGGGGCGGAGGAAACUAGCGACUACACAGGUUUAUCUAGUAGUAUGCAUGAGCAGAAUGCAAUUGAUUGCAGCGACCAAGUCAGUAAAUGUUACCUUUGUAAUGUCAAUUUCACAUCCCCGUCGCACGCAAAUAGUCAUUUUAACGGUAAGCCGCACAAAAGGAAGAAAGCUCUGUUUGACUUUAAGCUUCAGCAGCCCAUUCCCAGUUCCACGGGAAAUGAAAGUAUUAAGAAGUCUUCAGAAAAUGUUGAUCAGCCCGACAGUCAAAUAUCUUUGCCACUACACACUCUAGGAUCAAGUAAUACUACAGUUUCAACAGAGCUUACCUGUGAUAUUUGUAACGUUCCCUUUAGUAGCAUAAUCAAUGCUCAGCAACAUUACAAUAGUGAAAACCAUAAAAAGAAAGCACUAUUACUGCACAAGCAGAAGCUCGGAGAAGCACUACCAACGUCUUGUGACAUUUGUAACUGUUGUUUUAGUGGCCCGGAGAGUGCAGAAGCACAUUUUAAGAGCGAGAAACAUAGGAAGAUGGAAAACAAGAAGCAGAAGCUGGGAGAAGCACUACCAACGUCUUGUGUCAUUUGUAACUGUAGUUUUAGCGGCCCGGAGAGUGCAGAAGCACAUUUUAAGAGCGAGAAACAUAGGAAGAUGGAAAACAAGAAGCAGAAUCUGGGAGAAGCACUACCAACGUCUUGUGUCAUUUGUAACUGUAGUUUUAGCGGCCCGGAGAGUGCAGAAGCACAUUUUAAGAGCGAGAAACAUAGGAAGAUGGAAAACAAGAUGCAGAAUCUGGGAGAAGCACUACCAACGUCUUGUGACAUUUGUAACUGUAGUUUUAGCGGCCCGGAGAGUGCAGAAGCACAUUUUAAGAGCGAGAAACAUAAGAAGAGGGAAAACAAGAAGCAGAAGCUGGGAGAAGCACUACCAACGUCUUGUGACAUUUGUAACUGUAGUUUUAAUGGCCCGGAGAGUGCAGAAGCACAUUUUAAGAGCGAGAAACAUAAGAAGAGGGAAAACAAAGCAAUAUUAGAAGACACAGAGAGCUUGAGUUUGUCUUGUGAUAUUUGCAUCUGCACAUUUACAAGCGAGGCAACAAACAUAGGAAAAAUCUGGCACUACAUGCGUCUGGUGAUGUCAAGGCCAAAGACACAAGUCUCAGCGUUCAUCAUGAUGGACAGGGUGACCCGUAUACUGAAAACGAUACCCGAAACCCUACACAAAACGGAGAAGCGACAGUGCAGCGUGCUGAAGAUGAAAUGGCAACUGAUUUAGAAAAUUUAUCUUUGUUUGAUGAGU